UUGUUCCUUUUAUUUAUUUCCUCUUGCCCUUUGUUAAACUUUGUUUUAGAAUGUGUUAUGGAGAAGCUUUUUUAUAUCAAAUUCAUUUUUGUUUUUUAGUUUGCUAACCAUGCAAGUUCAGUACAAAAUCUAGCAUCUCUUUGCUUUCAGAGAACCCCCAUACAUCACUCCAGUGAUUAACUAAAUCUAUCAAAACACCAAAUCAAAGUUUCAAAAUGAACACAGUAUCCCCCAAGUCACCAAUGAGGUGCCUCUUAUAAAAGCACCGUCUAGCAUCUACAAUACAAGAACUGCAAAAUUUUGUUAGCCUGAAGCCAUGUUCAAGUCACGGAGCAAGAAGAACAAGAUUAAAGCUGUAUUCAAACUGCAAUUUCAGGCAACUCAGGUGCCAAAUAUGAAAAAGUCAGUACUGAUGGUAGCUUUGGUGCCGGAUAAUGUUGGGAAGCCGACGGUGAAACUAGAGAAAGUUGCUGUCCAGGAUGGAACCUGUUUAUGGGAGAAUCCAAUCUUUGAAUCAGUUAAACUCGUUAAGGACACAAAAUCAGGAAAACUUCAGGAGAAAAUCUACCAUUUUGUUGUCUCAACUGGAUCUUCAAAAUCUGGCUUUCUUGGAGAAUCCUCGAUUGACUUUGCGGAUUUUGCUGCAGAAACUGAGCCACUGACUGUUUCCCUACCUCUGAAGUUUGCGAAUUCAGGCGCAAUCCUACAUGUGACAAUUCAGAAUGUGGAAGGGGUACAUAGAGAUCAAAGCAGUUUCAGAAAUGGGGAAGAUAAUUGGAAUGGAAGCUCAAGACACCUACUGAGCAUUUGCAGUACAGAUGAAGGUUCUCAUAAUGCUGAUAAAGAUUUUCCCCAGCUAUUACCACCCUUGAGACAAAAUUCAAUGCCAUCAAGAGGAACUAUUGAAACCAUUGCAACAAGAGCUCAAAUGCAUCAUAUGGGGCCAAUGGGUUCAGCAUCAGAUAGGAGUUUAGGUGACUACUGGAGAAAAAGCCUGGAAGAUACUCUUCCUCGAGAAAGAUUACAAGAGCCUUCAGAUAAUGUCACUGAGAACCUCAAAAGUGAAGUUGCUUCUCUUAAGAGGAAAGUGGAAGAAUCAGAACAUGAGUUACAAUCGCUUCAGAAGCUGAUGGAGAAGGAAUGCAGUCGAGGACAAAGUAUGUCAAGACAGAUAAUCAGCCUCAGAGAUGAGAGAAAUAUGAUCAAAACUAAAUAUGAGCAACUCCUGUCCCAGCAAAAUGAGACCAAAUCUUCAAAAGCCUUACAGACUGAGAUUGCAGAUGCUAGACAGCAGUUAGAAGCAACAAAAGAAGAGUUUCUUUAUGAAAAAGAGUUUAGUUCUAAUCUUCAAUUGCAACUCCAGAAGACACAAAACUCAAACUCUGAACUGCUUUUGGCAGUGAGAGAACUUGAAGCAAUGCUGGAACAAAAGAAUAAGGAAUUGUUGGAAAAUAAUAAAGAGAAUGAGGAUGCCACAGAAUUAGAUCACUUGAAGCAGAAAAUUGCAGACCAGAAUGGUGAAAUAGACAAUUAUUACAAGCAAUGUGAAGAGCUAAAUGGGCACAUAAAAGAGCUCAAUUUUGAAUGUGAGGUUCUGAAGAAAGAAAACCUGAAUAUCUCUUUGAGAUUAAAACACGGAGAAGAACAACAAGUUGUGUUGCAAAAUAAACAUUCAGCUUCUUUGGCAACUAUAGAACAACUUGAAUCACAAGUACAGAGAUUAGAAGAGAAGAUAAAGAAUCAGGCAGAUGAUUUUUCAGAGACUUUGAUUUACAUCAAUGAACUUGAAAAUCAAGUCAGUGAUUUGGAGAGAGAACUGAAAACGCAAGCAGAAAAAUUUGAAAAAGAUUUCCAUGCUAUGAAAUGUGCAAAACUUGAGCAGGAAGAACGGGCCACCCAAGCAGAGGAGACAUUGAUAAAGACAAGACACAACAAUGAUCUCAGAUGUCAGCGUUUGCAGGAUGAAUAUAGAAGUCUUUCUGUUGAAAUGGCAUUGAAAGUAGAAGAAAAUGAAAAGAAGACCAUGGAAGCUUAUGCAGAAGCUGAUGAAUUUCGGAAGCAGAACAAACUUAUGGAAAAAAUGCUCCAGAAAUGCAAUCAAGAGCUCAGGCUUAUUACAAAUCAGAAUGAAUCAAAACUGCAACAGCUCUUGAACCAAAUAGAUUCAAAACAAAAGGCAAUAGAAAUGAUGUCACAAGAACUAGAGAUUAAGUCCAAACAACUUGAAGAUCUACAAAGGCACAGGGAUGAACAGGAUGAGGCAUUAUCGAAGCAAAUUCAAUUGCUCAGAAUUGAAAUUAGAAAGCUGAUGGCAGAGGAGCAUGCAUUGUCUAAAACUGAGUCAAAAGAGAACAUGACAACGAUGUUAAUGCUAGAGAACAAUGAUGAGGAGGAGAUAAGGCUUGGCACCCUAAUGUCAGAAGUAGAAAUCCUUAAGACCCAGCACAAUGAAUUGAAACAUAACUUGCACACGGAACAAGCAGAGAAAGAAAAUAUGAAGAAAAAAAUAUCUCAAUUAGAAGGAGAGCUGAAGAAGAAGGAAGAAGAACUAAGUGCUGUAGAAAAGAGGCUCAAGAAUAGCAAAGGACAAGCAACAGCCACAAAUAUGAAUUUGGCUUCAUGGCACUACGAGAGUGCUGCAUCUUCUUCUUCCACUAAGGAUCGCAAUAGUAUGUCAAAAUCAGAAAUGUACAAGGAAAUGGAUGAUGCAAACACCCAUGUUGACAAGUCUGAAAUAGGAAGAACGAUAUGCACUUCAGCUGAGAACAAAGUUUAUCUAGCAUCACACACAAGUGAAGUGAAAACUUGCUUGGAGAAUGAGGUUAUCAUCUUCAGUAAUGAUCAUGCUGGUGAGUGUCAUACAAAUAAAUUGUUGAAUGAAGUGGAAGUACUAAAGGAAAGGAAUAAAUAUAUGGGAACUCAGCUGAAAGAAAUGGAAGACAGAUAUUCAGAGAUUAGUCUUAAGUUUGCAGAGGUAGAGGGAGAAAGGCAACAACUUGUUAUGGCUCUACGUAAUCUCAGGAAUGGUAAGAACUAGAAUUCUUUACAGGCGUUAUUGCUCACGUACAAAAUACACAUGGGUUAUGAAACAGACAGGAUAUCAUGGUCAUUUGGUCGAAUACAGAUCAAGCUUAGCCAUUUCACUUCAGUCGAAUCUACAUUUUCACCUCCUCCAAUUUAAAUUUGCUGGGCUGCUUAGUUCAUUAUUUCGGGUCGAAUGAUGCAUUGAAUUGACAAGGUAGCUAUGGGUUGUGGCCUCAGAUAGGCUAUGUAGAAAAUGGAUUAUAAUUUAUCAUCUAUUUGAACAAUUUUGGUGUACAUAUAUUGCAAACUUUAUAGCCGAUUAAUAAGGCCAAUGAUGCUCAGAUUUUUUUUUAAUCA